AUGCCCGAACAUCCGCAAACUCAGCCAGCCCGGGCAAUGCGCCGUUCGCGAGCAAAGUUCACCCCGAAAAGUCGUGAAACUAUUCUGAUCGAGGAGUUGCAAGCGUUAAGACGGGACUACUUGAACUGGUUAUGCACUCGCUAUGAGGUGGGUUGGCCAUCGCGAGCUGCGGAUAAAGCGGGUUACUCGGCGGUUGAAAAUCCGAACCAAUCGCGACUAGCAUUUACCUGUUUGCACAACUAUGUUAGUGCGAUAGAGUCCAUGGAUCAACUAAAUUUUACUCCCACCAAGGAGAAUAGCCUUACAACGGCAAAAAUAGUCUUGGUUUUGGUGACCACAAUAACAAAAAUGACCACAAAAGCUGGUUGUAAUCAUUAUACUGUCCCCGCAGCAGAAGAAACCGGUGUAUUGUACAAAGAUUAA